UUCCUGCUCUCUAUAUAUAUACAUACAUCUAUACAAACGGUCACAUCCCCAUCCCAUAUUUUAUAUAUAUACACACGCAUAUACACACAACCUCGUCCCUGAAUUUCAAAUCUCAUAAUCUUCUUCCUCUUCUUCUCCGACGAUGGUUGCUCGAGUGACGGCCACGCGCCGCCUCCUACUCGUCAUCUCCGCCGCGGUGCUCUUCCUCCACCUCCCCGACGGAAUCUCCGCCGUCGGAGUAAACUACGGCACCCUCGGGAACCUCCCUUCGCCUGCCGACGUGGCGAAUUUCAUUCGGACCAGGACGACAAUCGACAGCGUGAAGAUCUUCGAUGUGAACCCCGACAUCCUCAGGGCCUUCGCUGGGAGCGGGAUCUCCGUCGUCGUCACCGUCCCCAACGGCGAGAUCCCGGCGCUGGUCAACACGAGGCAGGCUCGCCGGUGGGGGGCGGCGAACAUCAAGCCGUUUCACCCUCAGACAAGGAUCAAGUACAUCUCUGUCGGGAACGAGAUUUUGCUCACCGGAGACAGCAACAUGAUCUCCAACCUUGUUCCUGCCAUGAAUAGCCUCCACCGUGCUCUGAUUCGCUCCGGCAUCACUGAUAUUAAGGUUACGACGGCACAUGCACUGAACAUCAUAGAAUACGAGCUGAACGGUGCACCGAGCCGUGGCCGGUUCAGACCCAUGUGGGAUAAGACCGUGUUGGCUCCGGUCCUCGCCUUCCACCGCCGAACCAAGACUCCCUUCAUGGUUAACCCUUACCCUUACUUUGGGUUCGACCCUAAAAACGUAAACUUCGCCAUUUUCCGACGUCCCUACAAGGCCGUACGCGACUUGUUCACCGGCCACGUCUACACGAACAUGUUUGAUACCCUAAUGGACUCUACUUACUCCGCCAUGAAAGCCCUCGGGUACGGUGACGUGGACAUCGUCAUUGGAGAGACCGGUUGGCCCUCGGCCUGUGACGCUUGGUGGUGCACUCCCGAGAACGCCGCAUGGUUCAACCUUAAUGUGAUUCGACGAGCACAGGGGCAGGGCACGCCUCUCAUGCCGAAACGCAGGUUCGAGACGUACAUUUUCGCACUCUUCAACGAAGACGGUAAGCCCGGACCGACCGCCGAGCGCAACUGGGGGCUUUUCCGUCCAGAUUUCUCGCCCGUCUACAACGUAGGGCUCCUCCGUAACGGGCAAGGCGGUGGAGUCGUCCCACCACCUUCCACCGGAGCCGGGAAAUGGUGCGUGGCCAAGCCACAGGCCACGGACGCACAGCUCCAAGCGAACAUCGACUGGGUCUGCAGCCAGGGCGGCGUGGACUGCAAACCCAUCCAAGCCGGGGGCUCGUGCUUCAACCCGAGCAACAACAGGUCUCACGCUUCGUACGUGAUGAACGCUUAUUACCAGAGCCACGGCCGGACCGACGGCGCCUGCAACUUCGGCGGCACGGGCAUGGUCACGGCCAACAACCCGACCAAUGGGGCGUGUAAGUAUUGAACUUUGGAAAGCGGCGAAACUCUUCCUAGCUCCCGAAGUGUUGUCGUUAACCGAGUCACAUGGUCCGGAGAGGUCUUUCUUUGUCUGAAUCUAUAUUUUUAUAUAAGAUUUAUUUGAUUUGUUAGAUGGAGGCUUGUUUGACACCGUGUGACUCGUUUCUACCAUUAUAUAUUAAUCUGUGUUUUGGCCAGACAUUAUAUAUAGUUUAACCCAUUUCUUCU